CGCUGAUCAGAGGGAAAUGCAAGUUCUCGGCUGCACUUUCCUUACGCUGUCAGAUCGUGAGGAAAGUACUGCCGACAACCGGCAGUUGUCAGAGCAGGGAUCGGCACCGAUCAUCAGGGCACUGAUGAUCAGUGCCCUGAUGAUCGGUGCCCUGCACUGCUGCCCACCAGUGCAGCCCAGCAGUGCUGCCAGUCAGUGCCACCAUCAGUGCCGCCAGUCAGUGCCCAGCAGUGAUGCCAGUCAGUGCCGUCUAUCAGUACCCAUCAUCAGUGUCACCUAUCAGUGCCACCUAUCA